GAAAAAUGCGUUAUACAAAUUAUUUAUCUAAAGUUGCUUUGACACGACAAAGCUACAUCUUUGGAAAAAUACCAAAAUAUAAAUUCUGCCCAAUUUUUUUAAAUCAAAAACUGACAAAUGGGAUUUUAUUUGACAAAUUUAUUAUCAAAAGAAAUUUAUUUACUAACACAAAUUUUAGCCAAAAACAAAAAAAUUUAAAUUUGGAAGAGUUGAGGAUUAUUUCAGAGACACUUAACAAGUAA